AUGUAUUCUGCCAAAGAGCCUGCAUUUAAUAUGGCCACGAAAACGGGCUCCCCCCCUCCGCCAGAGGAGAGCGAGAUGGCGGCAGAGCUCAGCAACUUUGUGCCCGGCUCCCCAGAGGAGAAGAGACUCGUGCGCAAAAUUGAUCUCUAUUUGAUGCCCAUUCUAUGGAUCAAAUACGUGUUCAACUACAUAGACAGGACCAAUAUUGGAAAUGCGAAAAUCGCCGGCAUGCAGCACGACUUGAACCUGACUGACGACGGAUACGCCUGGGUUCUCUCCAUCUUCUUCUUCGGCUACCUCAUCUGCGAGGUCCCCUCCAACAUGAUUCUCAGCCGCAGCAGGCCGUCCGUCUUCCUGCCCACCAUUAUGCUUGUCUGGGGCGCGCUGAGCGCCAGCAUGGCCGCGGCCCAGAGCUACGGCGCGCUGCUCGCCUUUCGCUUCGUCCUCGGCUGUCUCGAGUCCGGCUUCUUCCCCGGCGUCCUGUACAUGCUGAGCUGCUGGUACACGAGGGCGGAGCUCGGCAAGCGCUACGCCAUCUUUUACACCGCGGCCGUCUUGUCGGGGGCCUUUGGCGGCAUCCUCGCGGGUGCCAUCACCUCCAAUCUGCAUGACGCCCACGGCAUCGCGGGGUGGCGCUGGCUCUUCAUCAUCGAGGGCGUCGCGACUAUCGCCGUGGCGUGCGUCUCGUACUUUAUCCUUUUGGACUACCCGUCUACCUCAGCGAAGCUGACAGCGGAAGAAAGUAAGCUGUCAGCUCUCCGAAUCAUGCACGACGGCAUCGCAAAUGGCGGCCUGGGAGAGCGUCGGUUGUCACACUGGCGGGCUUUUAUGGCUGCAGUCUCUGACCCUCGCACGUACAUGUUCAUGGUACUCGUUAUGCUCGACCUUGGCGCCGGCACCAUAUCCUACUUUAUCCCGACUAUAACGCUCACACUGGGCUACGAUACUGUCAAAGCCCAGUACAUGACGGUGCCUAUCUAUGUUAUUGCUGCAGUGUGCCUGAAUAUCAUUGCUUGGUCCUCUGACCGGUAUGCUGAGCGUCGCUGGCACAUUGCCGGCGCGCUCGCUAUUGGCUUCAUUGGUAGUGUCGUUUGUGUCGCUGUGAACGAUGCAGUCGUUCGAUACGUCAUGAUUUGCUUCGUCGCUAUUGGAAUCUGGUCUGCCUUGCCACUGAUCCUGUCCUGGACCAGCGGUGUGAUCGGCCUGCCACCGGAAAAGCGCGCGAUUGUACUGGCUCUUGUCAAUGCAUUUGGCAACUUCUCCAGCGUCUAUGGCAGCCGCAUCUGGCCUAAGAGUGACUCGCCAGGCUAUCACAUUGGGUUCGGUGUGACUGCAGGCUUUCUCGGGGCAGGCAUGGUUCUGGCUGUGCUGAUACCCGUACUUUGCCAGUUAUGCCAAGCGUGGACUCGGACAGAUUCGACGAAUGAUGAGGAGGAGGAGGCCAAAGCAUAA